AUGGCGUCGAACAAACCCCCCUUUUCGCUCCAGGAGGCUAUUGAGACUAUAGAGAAGGAGGCCCGUGACGAGGGCAUAGAGCAGACAUUAUGCGACAAUCUCCAUACCCUAGCUACAAAGUUAGCACAGGAUCCGAAGCAUCCCUUCUUUUCAACUCUCUGUCGCUUGUUCCGCUACGGGAUCUGGAAACUAAGUUCCGAUGGUGAUAAUGAGGGAUAUCCGUGGUCGGAGGAUUCUGAGCCGAUAGACCCAGAAGCGAUGCGCGCAGCAGCAGACGCGGCUAGAUCUAGUCAGAAUUUCAAGCUAGCCUUCGAGAUAGUCCUCGCCAACAAAGUGCCCCAGUCGGCAGACCCAAAGCUCGUGCUUGGGGAAGAGGCCAAAGAAGCCCACGGGGAGCUCGCAGGGCCAUCAACCGAGCCUCAGACCAACGAGAACGAGAAGGAUCUAAAAUCCGAGGUCCAAGUCCUUGUGGCCGACGUCCACCAAGUAUCAGUCACUACGACAUCACAAUCUUCCCAGGUUGAAGGCAUCCCAUCCCGACUUACUGCCACCGAGAAGCGCCUAGGUAUGGAUUCAGAGUCCCUCGAAUGA